UCAAUUCCACCAAGCCAUCAAUUCCACCAUGGCAAACACCCAGGAGAAGGAAUCCCCCGAGGCACUGGUCUCCAAGUUCGAGAUCACCCGGCUCCUCAACCAAGACCAAAACGGCCGACGCAUCACCCUCCUCGGCACAAUCAACAAUCAACAAGGCAUCCUAACAGCCGAGCGCGCCGCCUUCGCGACCGAAUCCCCCGCUGCGUUGCAAGCCUUCCAUGCAGCCAUCACGCGCGUCACCAACCUAGGCGAUAAUGACAUCUACCGCUGGUACAUGGCGUCCUCAUGCGGCUCUCCAGCAGGAGAAGCAACAGAAGCAGCACCAUCCGACCUCAAACUCAACCUAAUCUGGCCCUGCACAGAACAACACAUCCGCAAAUACUCCUCCCAAGUCCUCCGCGUCGUGACCGAAACGCCCUCCAUCUACAGCACGCACGUGCGUCCCUACAUGCAAGCCAAGCGCGAGGAGGGCCGGCUGAACUGGGUGUUCAAUAUCCUGGAGGGCCGCACGGAGCAGGAGGACGUCAUACUGCGGGACGGGGAAGGCGAAGACGCGUUCCUCGUGUUGCCGGAUUUGAACUGGGAUCGGAAGACGAUGGGGUCGCUGCAUUUGUUGGGGCUGGUGCAGAGGAGGGAUAUUUGGAGUUUGCGCGAUUUGAAGAAGAGGCAUUUGCCUUGGUUGAGGGUUUUGAGGAAGCGCUUGUUGGAGGGGACUGUGCGGGCUUUUCCGGAAUUGGAGGUCGAUCAGUUGAAGCUUUAUGUGCAUUACCAACCAACCUACUAUCACUUCCACAUCCACAUCGUGAACGUCAUGCUCGAAGCAGGCUCCACCCAAGCAACGGGCAAAGCCUUCGGUUUGGAGAAUCUUAUGUCCCAGCUGGAGACGAUGGAAGGGGAUGACGACGCCGGUCUGGCUGAUGUUGACUUGACUUAUUUCCUGGGUGAGGCGAGCGAGUUGUGGACGGAUGUGUUUGGGCCGAUAAAGGCGGGGAAACUUGAGUAAUUGGGGCUUUCUAUCUGGUUUGCGAGAUAGCUUGCUUGGUUACUUGCUAGAUAGCUAUAUUAGAUGAGUAGAGGAUAGGGUGGUGGGUAGAUUUAUGAGAUGUCUGCUUAUGGUGAAUGAUUGAUGAUGAUGAUGGUAGGGUGGGUAUUCAAUGAGAUAUGAGAGAUUCAAUUAACAUUGCUAUGAAACAAUGGUACCUACCUACCUU